GAUGGAUCACUUGGGGAAGUUGUUCAUGGGUUUUCGCUAAGGGGAGGAGGUUUUUGCUCCUUGGAGCGAUCGGAUGUCCCAGAGUCCUUCACUGCAGAAAAACUGCGACAGCCAGUAGACUGAGGACAGACUUCAGGGAACGUAGCACUAGAGGCAGGAGGCUUGAGACAAACACAGAAGGGGAUAAAACAUGGGAAUUUACAAUGAGCAAGGGGCGGCCCUGGAGGAGCCGGAGUCCCGUCACAUGCUGAUCAAACCGAGCAACGAAGGGUCACUGCAUCGCCGCCGCCCCCGCCGUCCCCUCUCCCUCCUCAAACGCCUCAGCAGACGUCCCCAAAAAGAUGUGUUCAAUGACAUGAUGUUUAUGGUCGGAGGGUGGACCCAGGACGACCCGUCCUGUUUGGUGGAACAGUUCUGUCCCGACUAUAACGAGUGGAGAAAUGCUGCACGCAUGGUCAAACAACGAGGUCACCUGGCUGUGGGCACGCUGGGCGGCGACAUCUACACCGUGGGAGGGGAAGACAGCGUCCGCUGUUACAGCAGCGUGGAGAGAUACAGCCCGGAUACAGACAGCUGGAGCACCGAUGUAGCACCCUUGAGCGGCCCACGCAGCGGAGUGUGUCUGGUGGCGAUGGACGGAUACCUGUACGCUAUCGGAGGACACGACGGCAUCGCGGCCAUGAACACCGUGGAGAGGUACGACCCUAAGAUGAACACCUGGAGCAAACAGCCGCCGAUGCUGACCCGGCGGAGCAGAGCCGUGGCUGCUGUGCUGCAGGGCCACUUAUACGUGAUGGGAGGGAACGACGGCGACAUGGCCCUGAACUCGGUGGAGCGGUACAGCCCCGUGGACGGUACCUGGUCCGUAUGCGCCCACAUGCUGAGCCCCAGGGAGAACGCCGGCUGUGCCGUCUACCUGGGACACAUCUACGUGGCCGGGGGCCGAGACGAGCUCAGCCUGGAGCUCUGUGCCGCCGAGAGGUUUGACCCAGAAACCAUGAGGUGGACGCCGGUGAAGCGCAUGAGGAGCAAGAGGGACGACGCGUCCCUUGUUGUCUUCAACGGUGCUUUGCUGGCCGUUGGAGGGUUUGAUGGCAUCACCAAUCUGAAAACCGUGGAGCUUUACAGCCACGAAACCAACACGUGGAGACACUUUGGAAGCAUGAAGAACAAGCAUCCAGGAGGCAGAGUGGCUGUGCUGUGCUGAGGCUCUGCAACGCUGCUGGCACCACGAGAACACGACAGAAGCGUUGGGCAGGAACGGCCUGAUGGACGCAGGCUCCGGGGAAACGUCGUGAAAACGGUUUAAAGCAGUCACGGCUGGAUAAUUGGAAGAGUUCACUCCAAAAAAAAAUAAAAAUAUGAGACGUAGCCGCAUUAGUCGAGGCUGAAAUGACAUGAAAUUAAAGCACCGUAUCACAUAUCGAUGUGCCAUUAAAAGUUAAUGUGUGGAGCUUAUAAAAUAAUAUGAAGGUCUGUUAAGAGGGAGGUGAAUCAGUGGAGAAAUGGAUGUCAGGUUUCACUUUCUUUGUUUUGAUGGAGCUAAGAGAUUGUGCCACUUAUAGAUAUGAUUUUAAUGUAAUGUUAUCUCAUGACAGUGACGAUUAACUAUCAAUGUGGAAGGUUUAAUGAAGGUUUGGAUGAUGUUGUUUGGCUAAAGAAUGUUUGGGAUGACAGGCAACAGUUGGAAGAAGGCUGAAGGUGCCUGGAUGCUUCCAAAGUUGUAAUGAUGGUGAUUUAAAUGAUGCCCACAGAUAAAAAAUGACUUUGUGAGAAGGUCUGUGACGUCCCUCAUCCCGUAAAUGACCCUCACGCAGGGACUGCAAACCGCACGGCUCCCGUCACAUUUCUCCACUCGACUCGCACCAAAUAAACCUCCAACCAACAGGCAGGGCGGGAGAGGACGUUAUCAAGUGGCGCAGAAAGAAAAUCUGUGGGAAUCAAGAGACUCCGCGAAAUUUGGUCGAGUGAGUGAGAUCUGACUGCUGGCAUGGGAAAAGCGCAAGUGGCUGUGUGGGCUUUAAAAAAUGAUGACGCUCGGAGCUCUAUCCCCCGGAGAAUAAUGGGCUGAAAUGUGGAGAGGCUGAGGCACAGGGAGCGCGCGCAGAGCGGCACGGCUUUUCCGGAGACACACGCGCUCACACACACACACGGACCGGCGGCGUCUCCCACUCGUCCCUGCGUGCUCACAGAAUGAAUAUUUUUUUCAAUUUGAGGGGGACUAUUGUGAGGCAAGUAGCAGAGGACAGACCUGUUCCAGGUAUGUUUCCAGAGAACGAAAACGAUCCGUGUAGCAGGUUGAAUAGGAAGAUGUUACAAAGAGAAGGGCUGUCGGUACUUUGCAUGUGGUGUUGUUGGAUUUUUUUAUUUUUAUUUUUUGGAAAUGAUGACACAAAAGAAUAAAUAACUUGUUGUGGUGUAAUUCCA